AUGGGCCCCGUGUAAGUACUUUUCAUUAGAUGAGAAACAAGUGAAUUAGUUCAAAGCUCAGACUUAGCUUCUGUGUCUCUCACUGGUAACUUAAUUCUUCUGAGUGGAGUUUUAGCUUUGCAAGUCUCUUAUCUGCUGGGGUGGGGGUAGAGGAGGAGGAGGGCAGUGGCAUGAGGAGGGGCUCUAUAAAGGCUUCCAGGCAGAGGCCUUAGCAACAGGGGUGGGAGGAGGAUGGGCAAGGGUGAAGGAAAAAGCUCUGCCGUGACACCUUAAGCCCAUUAAUUUCUCGGUCGCCAGGGGAGACGAUGCUUCUCUCCGCAUCACCAACGGAUUUGGCAAAUUGAAAAGGAAGGAGAGGCAGGAAAAGCACAAAUCCCGCCUGCCUACAGUGUUGGGAUACCUGCUGGCAGCUCGGUUCCGCUAGGUAGUAAAGAGCAGAUGCCGGCAAAGGAGAAAAGGCUCUGACGGCUGAGGCAACGCUACAAGAUUUCUGGGGAGGGCAAGACCUGAUUCGUGUUUGGUGACUUGGUGGGCCCAACUUGACUCCCUCCACUGUACGCUCCGGCUGGAAUUAACGUCCACUUUUCCAUCAAGACCUUCGGAUCGCCUUCCUAACAGAGGCCUCUGAGGUGGCCCCUUGGGAUUUUCGCUGGCCUCCUAAAAGAGGGCCUAGAUGAUCGAGGUUGCAUCUAAAUCUGUUGUGCAGCAACGUCCAUGAUACCUAGACCACCGGCCUCUAUCUAGGAUCACCUCCAUCCUCCUUCCUUGGCUGCAAAACCCAUUCCGGACUGCUCUCCCUACCCCCAUCCCUUUCCCAUCCGCCAGAGCCAUCGCAGCUGUGGAGAUGGCCUUGCAUUGGGCGUUGCUCUGCCUCAUCUUCUCCCCAUUGAUGCCGGCCACUGAAUACGGCUUGCCCAAAUUCAUCUGCAGCCCUAUGCCUCUGGAUAUGGACAAUGGCUGCCAGUCAGCCAGCCAGCAGCGACACGGAGCAGGGGCUAACAGCGCGGGAAAUGGGCACUGGGUAGGGACUCUUGAGGAAGCCAAGGAAACCAUCCUGCACCUGCGGGAGACCGUGGUGCACCAGAAGGAGACGAUCUUGGACCAGCGGGAGACGGUGCGGGAGUUGACGGCCAAGCUGAGCCGCUGUGAAGCCCAUUCCCGGAGACAUGUUGGGGAGCACCAUGGUGGUCACCAUGAAGAGAACCACAGCCAUGGGCAUGGGCAUCACGAGGGAGUUCACAGAGGCCACCACGAGGGUGGGCAUCGGACCCACCAUGAGGAUGGUCACAGGGGACAUCAUGAGAAUGCACACCAAGGCCACCGCGAGGAUGGGCAUCAGGGCCACCAUGAAGAAAGUCACAGGGGACACCAUGAGGCUGGGCACCGAGAUCCCCAUGAAGGCAUCCAUGCCCGGGAGAACGAGUACCACCAUUUUGGUCAACGGGAGCACCAUGAACUACAGGUGGGGCACAGCAACCACGAUGCCUUUCGCAAGGGGGCUGCCGCUGCCAACACCAUGGAAGACCCACCCAAGGAGACAUCUGGGGUGAACCAGAUGGAGAGGAUGCUGGAAUCCCUCAAGGAGAGACUGGAGCAUCUUCAGGUACCAAGUCUUGUGCAUCAGCCACCUCUUCUCCAGAAAACUAUCCCUUAUCUUUCCCAGUUAUGCUUUCUUCUCAUAUUUGUCCAUCUGUUCCUUGUCUACCCAAAUAUUCACCACCCAAGUUUGCCUCCCAUCCCUCCCUCCUUUAACGUGAUCACAAUAAACAAUGGCAGGCAAUGCUCCUUAUCCCUGGUAAAAAAAACCCCACCUUAUUUAACACACAACCAAUGUCCAAAAAUAUUUCCCAUUCUGCCAGAUACACUUUCUCGCAUCAAGCUUUCCUGCUUCCUCUUCACAAAUAGAUUCACAUGGCUAAGUUGUCUUACCCAUAGGGAUGAUUUUUGGACAUUGCAUGUGAGAAGCAAAAUUUAAUAUUUUGACAGUUUAUUUGAAACACAUUAUUUCGCUCAAAGAAUUCUGGGCACUGUAGUUUACCCCUCACAGAGUUACAAUUCCCAGCAACCCUUAACAAACAACAGUGCCCAGAAUACUUUGAGAGGUGCUUUAAAGCUAUAGUGAAGACACGGCCUAUGAAGCUACCCCAUCACUACCAACAAUAUCUGAAUGGGGGAAAUCACAAAUUAAGGUCAGUCAGUACUCCCAGGGGACACCUAGCUUGCCUGUAGUACAUGUGAAAAGGAUCUAGGGGUCUUAGUAGACCACAGGUUUAACAUGAGUCAACAGUGUGGUGCAGCAGCACAAAAAGCUAAUGCUAUUCUAGGCUGCAUCAACAGAAGUAUAUUGUCCAGAUCAAGAGAAGUAAUAGAACUUCUGCCUUGGUCAGACCCCCCACCUAGAGUGCUGUGUCCAGUUCUGGGUGCCACAGUUUAAGAAGGAUGUUGACAAGCUGGACAAGAGGAGGAUGACCAAGAUGGUCAAGGGUCUGGAAACCAAGCCUUAUGAGGAUGGUUGAGGGAGCUGGGUAUCUUUGGCCUGGAAAAGAGGAGAUUGAGAGAGAUAGGAUAGCCAUCUUAAAAUAUCUAAAGGGCUGUCACACAUGGAAGAUGGAGCAAGCUUGUUUUGUCCUGCUCUGGAGGGUAGGACUCAAAUCAAUGGCUUCAGGUUACAAGAAAGAACUUUCUGACAGUAAGAGGUGUUCAACAGUGGAAUGGACUCCCUUGGAAGCUGGUGAACUUUCCUUCCUUGGAGGUUUUUAAGCAGAGGUUGAGUGGCCAUCUUUCAUGGAUGCUUUAGUUGAUACCUUGCAGAGAAGGGGGUUGGAUGAGAAGAAGCUCAAGGUCCCUUCCAACUCUACAAUUCUAUGAUUCUAUGAAAUAUUUUGGAUCUCAUUUCUUAAGGACGCCGUUGUAGACUGAUCAACCUACCUACAUGUCUAUUCAUCCAUCUUCUGUAACAGAGGCCUUCAUCAGGCAAGAUGCUGCACAAAGCAGUGGAUAAAGGAGGAUAUUCUCUGUCUUAAGGCAGUAUAUCUCCUGCUUAAGCCAUAUCGAUCAGGUCCUGAUUCUUCCCACUCUGUAAAAUCUCUAGAGCUGGGUCAUCUGUAGCUUGGUUCUCAUCACAGUUUCUAUACACCUUUACCCUUUAUGUCUGGCAGAAAAAUAUCUGAAUUGACUCCAUUGAAAAAAAUUGCGCUGAAAGUCAUUUUUGUAAAGAAAAUUCUCUAGGUGGAUUUAUAUCUCAGUCAUCACUUCUUGUUGCAGUCAUCAAGUGAAGAGCAUGCGUUUCUGGCUUUAUCACAUACGGUUGGCCACCAUUCUUUCAGUUAAGAAGUGAUCCACCCCACACCCCAUGUUCCUAUCCCUUGAGGGUGCCAACAUCUGGCACUCCAGAUGUUGUUGGACUGCAGAUCCCAUUAUCCCUGACCAUUGGGCUGGCUGGGGCUGAUGGGAGCUGCUCUAAAACUAUAGUAUGGUGUAAACCCAUUGUCCCUGUCCCAGUCUCUGUUGCAAGAGAGAAAAGAUCGCCUUCUGCCACCUUUGUAUUAAACUCUCUAAAAAUAGGCAGAGAUUGCAACUGAGUCCCCUUUUAAUCUUCUUUUCCCUAGUCUAAACAUACACAGUUUCCUUUACCUUUCUUCAUACUGACUAACACACUUUCUAAACGUUUGGGUGUCAUGUUGCUUUCCUGCCCUCAGGUCCACCUCCCUCUUUUUCCUUCCACCCCACUUUCCACAAACACCCUGUAUUCCUUGUCUCUCCCAUCAACAUAUCUAUCUCAGCUGCCGAUGUAUCUCCUUCAGUAAGGAAGAUAGUUCACAUGGUUUCUUGGAACUCCCGCAACCUUUUUCCUAACCGCAGGGAUAAAUGUAGGUGAAAUCUUUGUUAGGUGUCAGUGGUCUCUCUGCCCUUUGCCUCCUGAACUUAUCACAAAUGACUACUCACUCACAUGUACUCUGUCUGUCUGUCUAUUUCCCUCCCUCCCUAUGGCCAUAUAUAACCAGAGACAGAAAAUCAUCUUGUUUUGCUUUUACAAAAGUGAGGUUGGUGUAACAGAACCAACAGCUUGCACAUGAUACAGCACAAUGAUUCCAGUUGAAGUCAGUUUUCUGGUUCCAGUUGAAGUCAAUUCAUUUCUUUUUACAAGCUCAGUCUAUCCACACAAGAUAGCACUCAGCUAUCUCGGUACCUGCAAAUGAGCAGGUCCUUUUAGAGGCAUUUUGGUCUCAGCGGGAAAAUGGUCUUCAUGAGCCUUUAUUCCCCCACACCCCAACACACAAACCUUGAUUUCCCAAAGUGCAUAUCACACCAGCCUCCUCCCUGAGGCCUACCACACCUCCCAAGAAAGGAAUAACAUGUCGACCAAGCUCCAAAAUCGACAGCUGGGUGAAACCUUUAUUGGGGACUUACCACAAGCCUUUUAGUUUUCCAGACGUUGUACAAAAAGAGAAGAGGCAUGGGAAAUAGGAACUUUCUUUUUUCAGCAUUUUGAAAAUUGAGACCUUGGGUGGAAUUCAAUGUUGUGCUAUGACAAGCAUGGCAGCAUGCAAGGUGGAAUGACCUCCCCACCAUUCCCCCAUGCACUGUUCUGGGGGUUCCUUCAAUCCCCCUAAAACAAUACUAUGGGGUGUAUAGGAGGAGGAGAGGGGAGAAAGUCCCAUUGCACAAGCAACAUAUUGCCUGAUGAUUUUGGAGUGUUUUUCCCCCUUAUGGCUCACCAUCAGUUUUUAAUGAAGAUCAAAGUUUUCCUUUCCCUCCCCAUCCCUCCUUCUUCUGACAACAGCCGAAACUACUGCCAGGGUGGCGGCAUCAUUCAUCUAGGCCUUAGGAAUUCUUUCUGACCGUCCUUUCCUCUCAAAGGCUAUCCCUCACCUCACCUUCCUCGCAGGGUUGUUGAGACGAACAAUAAUAAUACGUGAUAAAGGUAAAGCCUGUACCGACCAUGUUAAAUUGGGCCUCUCUCACCACGUUGCACUUCCCGUACCUUACAAUUGCAUCCCCUCGUGUGGAGCAACUGCAAGAUCUCCCAAAACGGCUGUCGGACGAGGGAUAACAAAUAGGCCAGGAAUCUAGGAGAGAGGAAACAUGCAAAUGGAUUCGUGGAACGCAGAGGUGGAUCGAUGGAUUAUUAGAUGCAUAGGAAGGUUGGAAGGAAAGCAGGAUAGAUGAGACAAAGGAGGAUGGGAGAACAGAUGAGAUGGAGUGAAGGACUGGCAGAUGUAACACUCAGGCCCUCACUGCAAAAAGGAACUCAGGAGGUCAUUUGGUGCUGCAACUGUUUUAGGGGCACAUAAAUAAUAAUGUUUAUAUGAUCUGAGAGAGCAUCCUCCUCCUCUUCAGGGACAGGUCCGGAGUCAUUUAAGAUGGCAGAAUGGGUCUUGAGAACACCACAGAAUGGCACUUCCAUUGCAGACUAUGUGCUGCCUAUUCUCUUAGUGUCCCCCUCCCCACUUGCCUACCUGGCCAUCUGACCUGCCUCUCAUGCUGUGCUCCACACCUUUCCAUGCCCCUUUUCUUCACCUUCAUAGCUUUCCCCUCACACACCACCUGUUAAUUACCCUUCGGAGGCCAUUCCUGUACAGGUCCUGCCCCAUUUUUCUCCUGUGCAUAUCCGGAUUCCCACAAUAUGGCUCUCAUUCUGUCAGGGGUUAUAUGUGGACGCAUACACACCAUACAUGUAAAGGACAUUCCCCUCCACCCACCCAAAGAAUCCUGGGAAUUGUACUUUACUUAUCACAAAAUCUACAAUUCCCAGCGCCCUUAACAAAACUACAGUUCCCAGGAUUCUUUGGGGGAAGUAGUUGGAUUUAGGUGUGUUUUAAAUGUAUGGUCUGUUUGCAGCCUAAGUGGGAAACAGGAUUAAUUAAGCCUUCAAAAGGGGGUGGGGGUGGGAAUUGACUGGUUUGAUUUUAGACAAUGGCCCUUUCAGAUAGGAAGUAAAAUCAUGUUGUUGUUGUUGUUUAGUCGUGUCCGACUCUUCGUGACCCCAUGGACCAGAGCACGCCAGGCCCUCCUGUCUUCCACUGCCUCCUGCAGUUUGGUCAAACUCAUGCUGGUAGCUUUGAGAACACUGUCCAACCAUCUCGUCCUCUGUUGUCCCCUUCUCCUUGUGCCCUCCAUCUUUCCCAACAUCAGGGUCUUUUCCAGGGGUCUUCUCUUCUCAUGAGGUGGCCAAAGUAUUGGAACCUCAGCUUCACGAUCUGUCCUUCCAGUGAGCACUCAGGGCUGAUUUCCUUAAGAAUGGAGAGGUUUGAUCUUCUUGCAGUCCAUGGGACUCUCAAGAGUCUCCUCCAGCACCAUAAUUCAAAAGCAUCAAUUCUUUGGCGAUCAGCCUUCUUUAUGGUCCAGCUGCAGUAAAAUUAUAUGGGGGUAAUUUGGAUGGCAGGAUUCCUUCAUUUCCUGGACAGAGAGGUUUAAUCAGAAAAUAAUACUAAUAAUGGAAAGUGCUAAAUCUGAUGAGUUUUUGACAUUUAAGAUCUAUGUGCUGGCUCAGGCAUUUGAUAGUGACUAAUACCAAGCUUUUGCAGAUAUUGUUGUAUUUCACUGCAUUGAUUUUAAUGGGAAAAUGUUUAUUUUGCUGUGACCUACCCUGAAAGAAAAUUACACAAAGCAGUGUACAAAAAUAGUAAAAGCACAGAACAAUAACAAUACAGUGAACUGCCCUGAGACCUCCGGGUAUAGGGCGGUAUAUAAAUUCAAUAAAUAUUAGCACUACUACUACUACUACUACUACUACUACUAAUAAUUCCACCACACAUUUUCCUGUACAGCUGAAUCUGAUACAUGGUAAAAAUUCUUCCUGGGACAUGGCAGGCUAAUAUAGACUACAGAUGGGGAGCCUAUGACCCUCCAGAUGUUCCUGGAGGAUGUUGUUCCUGUUAUUCCUGACCAUUGGCCAUGCUAGCAGGGGCUGCUGGGACGGAGUCCAACAGUAUCUAUGGGCUAUGGGGUUCCCAUCCCUGAAAUAGACAAUCAAGCUACUCUAGGGCCACACAGCUUACACUGGGUGGGGUGGGGGGUGAAGGUGGAGAUAGUUUACCUGUUAUUUACAAGCUACAAAAUGAUUUUCUGUUAGUCAGCUUUAAAGUCUGCUUAUUUUUCAACUUCCAGUUCAAUGUGAUUUGCUCUCGAUAGAAAUAGAACACAGCUGUACUUUGAGGUGACACUACCAAGUGGCCAAGCGCUACAAAUAUUAUGAGCACGAUAAGUCGUCUUCUUCUUCUUCUUCUUCUUCUUCUUCUUCUUCUUCUUCUUCUUCUUCUUCUUCUUCUUCCAGCUGUAAAGAGUCCAUUUCAAAACAGGAUGACGUUUUUAUUUGGUUAGAACUUUCCUUUAUUGUUUUCAAAUAAGAAAAAUACAUCCAAAAUCCUUCUCCAGAACUCAAGUAGGACAGGACUGACAGGUUUGGCAGCAAAGCAGCAAAUAACUGAGAGGUCGCUCUGGGCGUUUUUCAUGGGCACUGCCAGCUUUGGCAACCCUGUACAACCUGAGGCUCAGUAGUACUAGAGCACCUGCUUUGCAUGGAGAAGGCCCCAUGCUCAAUUCUUGGCAUCUUCAGGUAGGGCUGGGAAUGGGGUACACACGAUGGCCUCUGAAGCGUGUCCCAUGCACAUGAUUUCCCCCAAAGAAUUCUGGGCACUGAAGUUUACGCCUUAAAGAGUUGCCCGUUCCCAUCAACCUUUAGCAAACUACAGUGCCCCGAAUUAUUGAUGGGGAGGGGGAGAGAAAUGUGCUUCUAAUGUGCUUUAAAAGUAUAGUGUGUACACAGCCUAAGGCUUCUUUAAGUGGAUGACAGCUCUAAUUGCUAGUGUUGUUGUGAUUAUUUAAAAGAUCUUUAUCCUGACUUUCCAGUGUAACAAACCUCAAAGAGAUUUGUCGCUCCCAUUGAAACAGUGUAAAACACCCACCAGACAUACAUUGACAAGGGCUAAGAGGACAUGGGACAUUUGUUUAGGGAGGUAAUUCUAUAGGAGAGGUUUUCCCACAGUGGAGGCCCUAACCUCCAAAGGGCAGGGCUAUUGAGAAGAGGGCCUCAGGUGAACAUCCAAUUGAUGGGCAGCUACAAAUGGUAGAAAGUGGUAUUUUAGAUAUCCUGAGCCUAGGCUGCUGGGCCAGAACUGCACUUGCAAAUCAGGAUAGAAGCCAAAGUCCCUGAGGUAUGAAAGCAGCUUCUGUUGUGUUGCUAUUUGUUGCUAUCAAAGUGUUGGUGUUGACCUUUAAAGCCCUAAAUGGCCUCAGUCCAGUUUACCUGAAGGAGUGUCUCCACCCCUAUCGUUCUGCCUGGACACUGAGGUCCAGUGCCGAGGGCCUUCUGGCAGUUCCCUUGCUGCGAGAAGCCAAGUUACAGGGAACCAGGCAGAGGGCCUUCUUGGUAGUGGCACCCGCCCUGUGGAACACCCUCCCACCAGAUGUCAAAGAGAAAAACAACUACCAGACUUUUAGAAGACAUCUGAAGGCAGCCCUGUUUAGGGAAGCUUUUAAUGUUUGACAUACUAUUGUAUUUUCAUAUUUUGUUGGAAGCUGCCCAGAGUAGAUGGGGUAACCCAGCCAGAUGAGCGGGGUAUAAAUAAUAAAUUAUUAUUAUUAUUAUUAUUAUUAUUACUACUACUACUACUACUUACUACUAUUACUACUAUUACUACUAUUUGUUUUGUAUUUAUAAAAAAACAUUUACAGCUCAUAUUUACAAGACCUAUAAUCUGGGAAACAGCUAUCAUAAAACCAUGAUUAAAAAAACAAUAAUGACACCCUACAAAAAAAAAACCCCGCACCCAAAUUUGCUUGAUAACUAAUACAAAACAUGUAAGAAUUUCCUACUGAAAUGCAUGUCAGAACAACAUUGUUUUCAACUGAUACUUCAGGCAUAGAGAGAUCUCUGUCCUGAGGCAGGUAAUUUCAUAGCCUAAGCCAGUGGUUCUCAAACUUUUUUCUCUGGGACACAUUUUCAGGAAAAAAAAUUGCUCAUUGCCACACUGAUUUUUUUUUUUAAAUUGAUAAGAAAUACACUGGAAAACAAAAAGAAAUGACUCCUAGCAGUGCUUGAUUUAUAACAUAGAGAACAAAAUACUUUCUAAUAUGAUCAUGGGGCAUCCAGAAAGUAUAAAACAAUGCAAAUAUCCUGCAAAUAAAAAAGUAUAUAUUGAUACUAUACGAUACUACACUGAAAUGUUUGAACAUUUCUUAGAUUGUCCUUGAAUCUUCCUGCCACACUCUUUGAGAACCACUGGCCUGAGCCCAUUUUCUUCAACUUGGGGACUCUAGGUGUUCUUGGACUACAACUGACCAUUGGCUAAACUGGCUGGGGAUGAUGAGAGUUGUGGUCUCAACUGAUCUGGGAACCCAAGGUUAAGAAACAUUGAUCAAGGGGCCACCACUGAGAAGGCCCUUUCCCACGCAUCCAUCUAUUGGCCAGUUUUUUUGUGGAGUGAAGGGAGGAAUGCAAAACAGGAUUCCUGUGUUUUCUCUUAAAAUGUUCAGUUUUUCCUGUGGAGCUGGAGUGCCCAGAAGCUAAGAAAUCCAAGAUAUUUUGUUUCUCAAAAAGAGUAGAGGCCUUCAAAAUAUGUUCUGAAUAGCACCUUUGUACAUGGUUUUAUGAUUCUGCUUCGUACGUGAUGGCUUUUACAAAAGAAACCUUGAAAGGAGGGACAGGACAGUUCUGCUGCCAUCACUGUGGGUGGGAAUAGAGAUUACUAGAGCAUCUGAGGUGUUAACCUGAGUGCAGUGACUAAAAAUAAUUCUGCUGCCCUUUUCCCUCGCUUUCCCCCUUCUUAAUACGUAAGCAAGAAUUAGAUAUCCAGGAACACACCAAACUGGAUGUGGGGGUACAGUAUCAAAGUUGGUGGGUCUCCCAGUCCAGGCCUGUGGGCAGGGAAGGGACUGUGGGAAUUGGCAGUAGUGGCUCAAGAUAUUUUGCUUCCAGAAACAGAACCCAAAUGUCUUCCUCCCAGCCCCCGGCCCCAUUUGAGAAAACACCUGAGAAAGUCUUGCUGCAUCAGUCAGACACCACUUCUUGUCCCCCUCUUGGUGUUGCCUGAAGCAGUUUGUCACACUUGCUGUGCGGCAGGGCUGGCUCCGGGUAGCCAGUGCCACAGAUCUGUUGACCCAUACCUGGGAAUAAGUUCCAUUGAAGGCUUACUUUUGAGUAGACACAUGCAGGAUUGUACAGUCAACGAACUGUUUGUUUUAUGUAGGCUGCAUCUUAGACAAGGUCUGAUGCAUUUAUUAUUAUUAUUAUUAUUAUUAUUAUUAUUAUGCCACUAGAGUGUAUGGUUGCGUACACAACAUAUAUUUAAAGCACAAAUGUACACAAGAAUCCUGGGAACUGUAUUUUACCCCCAACAGAGCUGUAAGUCCCAGCAACCUUACCAAACCACAGUUCCCAGAAUCUUUUUUGGGGGGAAGAAUGUUAUUUAAGUGUGCUUUAAAAUUUAAAGCUUAAAUGUAUGGUGUGUAUGCAGCCAAAGUCAUUUAAAGAACAACGAACAAGCAACACAGGUUCCUUCUCUGUGGCACUUAACUAUCUAAAAUUCAACACAAAAAAGAUGGAGGCAAAAGUCACAGGAAGGCCAUGUGUUUAGUUGGUUAUACGUUCAGCAGGGGAUGAGAACUAAUAGAUUGUGAAGAUGGUUUCACAAAAAAGUAGCUUUCAGGAUAAGAAAGAUGAGAGAGGCAACAGAAGUGUCCUGGUAGGAGGUUCUGGGGUUUUGAGGCAGCAAGAGAUAAGUGGCAGAGUUACAGAAUUAAUGGUUGACAUGUGUGCUCGUCUUGCCUUCACCAGCACAACCGGAACAGCUCUGUCUUCUCCACGUCCCUGCGCGAUGCUCUCCAGAAAAAGAUAAGCAUCUUGGAGCAUCAGAUCCAUGAGAAAUCAAACACCUCUGAGCAUCACACGGGUGUGCCAACAGCAGCAGGGCUCAGGCACAAGCACAUCUCUCAUGGGCACAGUGUUGAGAAAGGUGAGUGGCAGUCACACACCAGGUGUUGCCAGGGUCAGGGUGGGGAGAGGGGGGUUGGUCUUGAGACAAUGGGGUGGAGAUGGAAGGAAGGAAGGAAGGAAGUCAUCUUCAAGUAUCUGAAGGGUUGUUAUAGAAUAAAUUCAUUUUCUGUUGCUCCAGAGAAAGGGUAGUCAAUGUUAUUGGAGCACAACUCCCAUAAUUCCCCCAGACCACUGUCCAUGCUGACUGGGAAUUGGAAUCUAAAAACUGUCAGGAGCUCGUCCUACACUUGAGUAGGACUCUGGCAGAGACACAUGCCUGACUGGCAUGUUCUCUCCCUCCUGGUCAAUCGUUCGGGAGCUUCAGAAGCUUUCUUCAGCCCAAACAUCACAGCGAACGAUGCCAACAGACAUCGGCACACUUAGGGAUCCGCAUAGUCUUUGCAGCUUGCAUGACAGACCUCAGCAACUCAGCAUUUUGGCUAAUCUACUUUAUUUACAUAUAAACACACACGGAGCACUGCAACAUGGCUCCCUCUCUCUCAAGCAUCAGACAGCAAAGAGAAAAAGAACAAAGGACAAUAGUCCCACUUCACGGAACACAGUAACACAAACAUCCUUUCUCCGUCACUUCCCACUCUGUGGUCUCAAAACAUAGACCGCCAUGUGAUAGACAACAAUCCCAUGACUGCAAACAUGGAGCAGGAAUUCUAACAAAAGCAUGUGGAGGUCACCACUGCACUGGCAAACCCUGCUUCAGAGCCAUGCUGGCUCUGAAUCAAGUGUGUAUGAGUGGGCAACCUUUGGCCCUCCAGAUGUUGCUGAACUUCUACUCCCCAUCAUCUUUGCUCACUGACCAUGUUUGCUGGGGGUGAUGGGAGGUGUUGUUCAGCGACAUCUGGAGGGCCAAAGGUUCCUGCUCUAAAAUUAAUUUCUUAGGCAAAUAAAUUUAUCAGCAUGUGGACAGUGGAAUAAGUGGAUGUCAUUAUUUAGUGGGGUGAAUCAUGAUCCAGUCAGAAGAGAGAUGGGCGGAAGGAUGUGUGGAAGGAAUGACAACACAGUGGAUUCGUAGAUCGGCAGAUCCACGGGGAGGCAGAAUGAAAGAUGUGGGGAUGGAUGGCUCAGUGACAGAACAUUGAAAACAUGGCUUGGUAGAUAAAAGCAGUCAUAUGUGGCUCAUUGGCUGGUUCAUUGGUUGUGGGAUACAAGGAAACCUUAAAGAUUUUUUAAAAACACACACACAAAAAACACAAAACAUAAUUUGCAAAUACAACAAAAAGAAACAUAGAAAAAAAAUUAAAUGCCAGCUGACUUUGUCAAUAAUAUAUUCCAUCAAUCCUAAAUUAAAUGUGUGGAUCAAUAUAAGUAGUCCAUAUGUACAGAUAGAUACCUAAAAUGAGACUGGCAAUUAUAAGCCAUUCUUUCAAACACAGAAAUGACAGUAAGAUCUUCAAACCACUGAGUAAUAUCUGCUGGAGGUUUGUCCUUCGAACCUUAUAGUAUAAGGCUGUGCCCAUAGCAUACAUUUAAGGCACAUCCCCUGCAAAGAAUCUUGGGAUCUGUAGUCUUAGCCUCGCAGAGGUACAAUUCUCAGCACUCUUAAGAAACGACAGCUUCUCGGGAGAGGGGGUGUGUGCUUCAAAUGUUAGGUGUGUAUGCCCAUUUUAAGGAUUCUCAGAAUUCACUUGUUGUAUAGGUGGAAGGAAACUUUAGCAGCCGUGUGAACAGAUAUGACUGGAUAGACCAUGAUGAAUGGAAAUGGACAGCUCAGGAGACAGGCAGCAGAGUGUGAUGGAUGAAUGCUGUUGUUGUCCAUUAAUAUUAUUUCAUUUGCACCAUCAGUGUGCAUGGGGCUUUACAAAGAAGAGGUACCUGCCCCUAGGAGUGUACAACAGUGUAAAAACCCAGUACAAGGAAGUCCACAGUGAAAGUGGAGGGAGGAGUCAACUAGGAAAUUGCGCAUGAUAUUUCUGGUGAUCAGGCUUAGUUACAGUUGGUGGGGGGAAGAUGGGAAUGGAUCAAAAGAGUAUUUGGGGGGCGGAUGCUUGGUAGAUAAACUGGGCAGUUAGCAGCCGAUGGAUGGACAAACCCAAUUCCCCUCCAUUUCUCUGUGUUGGCAGCUCAGUCCCACAUCUCUGAUCCCCUCUGUCCUCCAGGAAACAAGGUGGAGAAGCAGUCUGAGGACUUCCGGGUGGGCUUCCCCCUCCGCACUAACUACAUGUACGUCAAGGUGAAGCGUACGCUCCAUCACGAGAUCUUUGCCUUCUCCAUCUGCCUCUGGCUCAAGUCCAGUUCAGCACCGGGAAUGGGCACCCCUUUCUCAUACUCUGUGCCAGGCCAGGCCAACGAAGUGGUGCUCAUCGAGUGGGGAAAUAACCCCAUGGAACUGCUGAUCAAUGACAAGGUACGGGAGCAAGGCCAAUCUGGGAGCUUCUUGAGUGGGUGGCGGUGGUCAGAUAUGUUGAGAGACUCACUUUUGUGGGUGAGCUAAGAGUUUGGACCCUGGAUGACAACCUGGAGGCAGAGACGGAGGAUGAGUCAAAAGGAAAAUGAACUGAUAUUGAUUUACAUAUAUUAGUAAAGGUAAAGGUAAAGGGACCCCUGACCAUUAGAUCCAGUCGUGGCCGACUCUGGGGUUGCGGCGCUCAUCUCGCUUUAUUGGCCAAGGGAGCUGGCGUACAUCUUCCGGGUCAUGUGGCCAGCAUGACUAAGCCGCUUCUGGUGAACCAGAGCAGCAUACGGAAACGCCGUUUACCUUCCCACCAGAGUGGUACCUAUUUAUCUACUUGCACUCUGAUGUGCUUUCGAACUGCUAGGUUGGCAGGAGCAGGGAGCGAGCAACGGGAGCUCACCCCCGUCGUGGGGAUUCGAACCGCCGACCUUCUGAUCAGUAAGCCCUAGGCUCUGUGGUUUAACUCAAAGCACCAUCCGUGUCCCUUUUCUCACAUAUAUAUUUUUCUCUCAUAUAUUAGUAACUUUGUAUUAAUGUAACAUUUUUAUAGGUAACGGUGUAUUUUUGUAAUAUUUUGUCGAAGCUUUCUUUUGUUGUUUCAGUUUUCUGUACACCGCUUAGAGAUAUUUUAUAAAUAUAUGAAGUGGUCUAGAAAUCAAAUAAUCAAAUAUGUUUGAAGAAUGGCCACCAUGUUCAUGUUUUUCCUCUGUCUUGUCUGCCUUUUGGGUUACAAUAAAUAAAAAACCAAAAACAGUUUUUUUAUGAUCACUUGGGCUGGAACAAUUCAAUGAUGUCCUGCCAAAUCUGAAGAGGGCCCAACAAUAAAUUAAAGAGACAGAAGCCUGCCUUGUUUGCCAUUUCAGGCCUUCUGGACUGGGGUUCUGGGAUAUACAGAACAAAUUGAAUUCUUCACAAGGUAGACAAGAGGGGACACAGACAGGGGAUUAAGAAAUCUUGACCAAAGAUUUGCUGUAAACGAGAGAUGUACAGUAGCUAUAGAUACCUUGACUUUUGCAUUAGAAUAUUCUGUGAGCUAUAUCCUCCCCUACCUAAUUCUGGUUUUGGAAUAAAUUGUGUCAAUUGAACAAACCUUGAUCAACAAACAUCCAUUCAUUCACAAUUACAGCUACAACUCUAGAGUCCACAGCUGCAUCGUGUCUUUAUUGGAACCAGCCAAAAAGUCCCAGACAUGUGGCAAUGUUUUGAGUUUCUCCAUAGCUCUUCACCAGAUGGGAUAUCACACAAAGAGACAGACAAGGAAAAAUUUGAAACAAAAAGUACACAACUAGAUGUUGUAGCCACGAGGUUGCCAUUUCCAUGAUGCAGAUUGCAAGCUACACAGCUAGUUCAGUUUUAGAUAAAAAUCUUCACCCCACCAUCCUAUAUUGCCUGAUGUUCUGGAGAACUCAGAAGUUGCCACAUUGCUGUGAUUUUUUGGUUGGCCCUAAUACAACCUUGAUGGCAGAAAGUGAAGAGGAAUUAAAGAACCUUUUAAUGAGGGUGAAAGAGGAGAGCGCAAAAUAUGGUCUGAAGCUCAACAUCAAAAAAACGAAGAUCAUGGCCACUGGGCCCAUCACCUUCUGGCAAAUAGAAGGGGAAGAAAUGGAGGCAGUGAGAGAUUUUACUUUCUUGGGCUCCAUGAUCACUGCAGAUGGUGACAGCAGUCACGAAAUUAAAAGACGCCUGCUCCUUGGGAGAAAGGCGAUGGCAAACCUAGACAGCAUCUUAAAAAGCAGAGAAUCACCUUGCCAACAAAGGUCCGUAUAGUUAAAGCCAUGGUUUUCCCAGUAGUGAUGUAUGGAAGUGAGAGCUGGACCAUAAAGAAGGCUGAUCGCCGAAGAAUUGAUGCUUUUGAAUUCUGGUGCUGGAGGAGACUCUUGAGAGUCCCAUGGACUGCAAGAAGAUCAAACGCAUCCAUUCUUAAGGAAAUCAGCCCUGAGUGCUCACUGACAGAUCGUGAAGCUGAGGCUCCAAUACUUUGGCCACCUCAUGAGAAGAGAAGACUCCUUGGAAAAGACCCUGAUGUUGGGAAAGAUGGAGGGCACAAGGAGAAGGGGACGACAGAGAACGAGAUGGUUGGAUAGUGUUCUUGAAGCCACAAACAUGAGUUUGACCAAACUGCGGGAGGCAGUGGAAGACAGGAGUGCCUGGCGUGCUCUGGUCCAUGGGGUCAUGAACAGUCGGACACGACUAAACGACUAAACAAGAAUUAAGAGUAUUACCCCAUUAUGGACUUGGUUUCUUUUUGACGUUUGCCUUUUACGUGUCUUGAAGUUCAGCUUGUCCUUUGGCCACAGCCUUCAGCAAAGACCUCAGAAGGGAUAUUGAGGCAUGCCUCAGGAUUCCAUUGAAACUGGAUCGGCAAAACAUAUUGUGCUCCAUCCUGCCUAUCCUCUCCCACUGUAUUGAUCUCCCUCCCAAAAACAUUGGAGGUGAGGCACAGAGAGAUAUUCCCAAGGCUUUAUAGCUGUCUGGAUGGCAGCUAUAACCUGCUUCUUCUAGUUCCAAGGCUGUGCAGGUUCAACAUAGCUGGUGCCAUUCAGAUCAUGAUACACUUAUUGCAGCAAUACUCUUAGGGCUCAGGAUGUUUGCUCACCCCACUUUAACCUUUUUUCUCUGCAGGCUGCCACAUUACCACUGGCCAUUAAUGAUGCUAAGUGGCACCACAUCUGUGUGACCUGGUCAACCCGGGAUGGCAUUUGGGAGUCUUACCAGGAUGGAGUCCGGAGGGGGAGCGGAGAGAACCUGGCUCCCUGGCAUCCGGUGAAGCCUGGGGGUGUUUUCGUACUGGGCCAGGAGCAGGUAAAUACCCCUCAAUUAUUACUUAUAGAGAGCCAUUUCUGGUUCCUCUAAAUCUGGGAUGGGGAACACGUAGCCCUCUAAGUGUUGCUGAAUUACGCAGUGCCCCAAAACAUGCAUUUUUGGGUUCUGUGCAAGCAUGGUCUAUUCUGAGUUGCGUGAUCUCACACGGGACAUGUGAUCUUGUGGAGGUCAUGUGACUCACGCAGGAGCACAAGCAGAAAGAUGUGCGUCCUGGUUUGGGGUCUUGAGAUGUUGGAAGGUGUGUUGUCAUCCUUGACAGUUGGCCAUGCCAGCUAGGGCUAAUGAGAACCAGAUUCAAAUUCAUGGAGGAGGAGGCCACGAUCCCUGAAGGCUAUGCUCUACCGCCACUCUCAGAGGCAGUAAAUGCUUCUGAAUAUCACUUGCUGGAAACCACCGAAGGGGGCACAGCUUCGGCACUCAGGUCCUGUUUGUGUGCUUUCCAUAAGCAUUUGGUUGGUCAGUGUGAGAACUGGAAGCUGGGCUGGAUGGGCUGUUGGCCUGGCUCAGCAGGCUCUUCUUAUGUUCUUAUGGAGUCCAGCGCCACAUGGAGGGCCACAGGUUCUCUUGCCCUGCUGUGUGUUCACUCUCUUUCCCCACUCCUCUUCCUACAGGACACUCUGGGUGGCCGCUUUGACGCCACUCAAGCCUUCAUUGGGGAAAUCUCAGAUUUCAACAUGUGGGGCCACAUCCUGACACCAGGCGAGGUUUACAAGAUGGCUACCUGCACCAGCUACGCCGGUGGCGACAUCAUCAACUGGGCCGAAGCCUCCAUGGAGCUUCACGGAGGAGUAGUCAAGCUACCAUUUAAUGCCUGCCACUGA